CCAGACACAACCCACCGCCACUAUGUCUGACGAGGAAACUGAACAAGUCGAGGAACAAUACGAAGAGGAAGAGGAGGCCCAGGAAGAAGAGGAGAAACCAAGACCCAAACUCACUGCUCCUAAGAUCCCAGAAGGGGAAAAAGUAGACUUCGAUGAUAUUCAGAAAAAGCGUCAGAACAAGGACCUCAUGGAGCUCCAGGCUCUCAUCGACAGUCACUUUGAAGCUAGAAAGAAGGAGGAGGAGGAACUGAUUGCACUCAAGGAGAGAAUUGAGAAGCGCCGUGCGGAAAGAGCUGAGCAGCAACGAAUCCGUGCUGAGAAGGAGCGGGAACGCCAGAACAGACUGGCAGAGGAGAAGGCCAGAAGAGAGGAAGAAGAUGCCAAGAGGAGAGCUGAGGACGACAUGAAGAAGAAAAAGGCCCUAUCCUCCAUGGGUGCCAACUACAGCAGCUACCUGGCCAAGGCUGACCAGAAGAGAGGCAAGAAGCAGACAGCCAGGGAGAUGAAGAAGAAGAUUCUUGCAGAGAGACGCAAGCCUCUGAACAUCGACCAUCUUAGUGAUGACAAGCUGAGGGACAAGGCCAAGGAACUCUGGGAUACCCUGUACCAACUGGAGACUGACAAAUUUGAGUUUGGGGAGAAGCUGAAACGCCAGAAAUACGAUAUCACCACCCUCAGGAGCCGCAUUGACCAAGCCCAGAAGCACAGCAAGAAGGCUGGUGCCACAGCCAAGGGCAAAGUCGGUGGGCGCUGGAAGUAAAGGAGCCGAGCAGUGCGCUGCUGCAGCAGCAGAGACCGUCCCCCCUGACUCCAGCCAGGGCCGGUUAUUCCAGCUCUGCACCCUCCAACCCUCACACCCAGGCUUUUUCUGGAGCUCAGGGCCCAUCCUGCCUCAAUGCCCUCACCUUCUGGGGUCUGGGAAUAAAGUUCUCAGACUCCCCUCUA